AUGAGAGCAAUGAAUGACACGGACAACGUUAGCUCAGCUGCAGUUACACAUGCUCAAGACUCUCUCGCAGUACAGAAAGAUGUUGGAAAAGAAUUACUUUUGGACGAAUCUGAAAUAUUGUUCAAAUCUCACAACAAACAUGUAGGUAUAGUGCCAGAGAAGAGCACUCUUAAUAAAAUCAAAUUGCCUGCAGGAAAUCUCAACUCUGAUUUCUUAGGAGGCAGACGGGACGAUGUUAAGAAAGAAAACGAAGCGGUUUUGGACGUAAACCAUUUAAGUACUAAUGGGAUGAUUGGCAGAAAACCUGUUGAUGACAACAUUGAAAAUUGUCAAUACAAAGAUGACAACUCAGAGUGUUCUGCUGCAAUUGGCGAAUCAAAGUCUCUUGAGACUAGUGCGACUGGAGAUAAGGAAGAAAAAUGUCAAGACGAAGGCAACCUCUGUCGGCAAAAUAUCAAAGAUGAUAGUGUUAGCCAUAAGGAGAGCAGAAGAGAUUUGAGUGAAGAAAAGAAAUUAGUCAUUAAACAAUUGGUGAAUCGGUGUCAUGAAUCUGUUGCAAAUCUUGAAAAAGAUCACCGUGUGAUAUUUACUAUGGUAAAUACGCGUUCCAGCUCCCAACGAAAAUUACACGACAGAGGACUAAAGUUAAUAGCAGGGCUGGAAAAUAUUGUGAAGAAGUUGAAAGAAAAGCGGAAGGAAAAGGAUAAUGCCAUUACAGAUCUAAAACAUAUUCUAAGUAAGCUCAACGAAAAUCUUCAGCACAUGCAGAAGAAAUUGGAGAUAUUAGAAUCUAGACGAGACAGCGCCACAGAACAUCCAUUACACAAUACAGAACUGAGCAGAAAUGUGGCAACACAACAACAAAAUGAAAAUUCAAACCUUCUCAGCAGUUUUAUUUCAAAGGCUAAUUCAAGUAUAUUAAUGAAUGGACAAAAAAGCAGUCCACCAUCUAUAAGAGUAAACACUGUCUCCAUUGAACAAGACCCUGAUUCUAAAAAUUUGUCUCCGAACAACCUCGAAAAAAUUCGACUGAGAGGCCCUGAAAAUAAAGAUUCUCAACCAAGAGCAUCCCUGCCUUAUAACCCAAAUAUCGACAGACAAGACGGCAAUGGGCCACGAGACAUCAUUCCAAACCUGCAGACUGAGCAGCAUUCUCUAGAUAAUCGAAAAAGCAUUGCUGAAUCAAAGAAUAAUUGUGACCAAUCGAUCCUGCCUUGUCAAAAUAAUUCUGAGUCAUAUACGCAACGGAAUGAUUUAUCUUUAGGAUACUGGCAAGAUAAGGCCAACGAAAUCCUAAGAAUGAAUGCUGAAGAGGGAGAAAUUCAUAGCAGGCGUUGUCAGUGUCACGUACUCUGUCUGGAUACUUCGGAAAGCAUGUCGGGAGAUGCAUUCCAAACGAUGGUCGAUCUGGCUAUUCGAUUUAUAUCAGGUGUACAGGACUCAUCUGUGCCUCAGAAUGUUGGAUUAGUUUGUUUUGGAGAGGACACAAAAGUUUUGAGUCGAUGUUGUAUGGAUUAUUCAAACCUAAAACAAGUGAUCAGGAACUUGAAACCUAGAGGACCAAGCCCUUUGUCAGCUGGACUUCUACUGUCUUUAGCUGUAGUUAGAUCGAUAAACUCUAUUCCCAGUGUACAAGGGGUCGCAUUUUUUCCCCGAAUUAUCAUUCUAACAGAUGGAGUAGCCACCCCUCAACAUGUUACCGGAAAUAGAGAUUUCAUACCAGAUAUGUCGGAUAUGUUAACGAUUUCGGGGGAGAUAUCUGCUGUGUUGGCCAAAACGAGAGGACCACCCGUCAGAAUAUACAACGUACUUUUGGGAAAGGCGGAUGAAACCAGGGUAGGUCCAAUACUUGGAACAACAGGUGGAAAAUUGAUCAGACCAGCUAACUUUGACAAACUUAUACAUCAGUACGAUGGAGAGGUAUUAGCUGCUCGUCUCAGGUCCUAUUUUCCGAAUUUUCAUAAUGUGGAACCGGACAUGGUGCAGGCAGUCUUGGAAGCAUCCGAGCAUUCCAUAGGACAAAUAGACUUGGAGGACCUCGUUGAAUAUAUACGAAACCCUCCUCCUCAAAUAUCAAUGGAUCAUGGUACCAAUGACAACAAUGGCCCCAGAAAACUGAAUAUCGGCAUGCCGCCGAUAGGUACCAGAGUAGGGAGGGGUCAGGACUGGCUAUCAAUGUUUGGUGAACAAGAUUCUCGCGGCCCAGGAACGGUUGUUGGUAAUGAUCGUGAAGGUUUUAUAUCCGUUUUGUGGGACAAUGGUCACCGAUAUCCUUAUCCUUAUGGAAUCCAUGGUCAUUUUGCUGUAAAGAUUGUCGACGAACCUAGAAUUUUACCAGAAGAUCAGUUAAUUGAUGUUGGGUGUCUCGUUAAAAGGGGUGAUGAUUGGAGAGACAAUGGCCAUGGCGGGGGUCCAGGUAGUAUUGGGGUUGUGCUUCGGACCCAUUUAGAUGCAACAGUCGAUGUUAUAUGGCCAACUGGGGAGCAACGGAGGUACAAAUAUGGGAAACAGGGAUACUUUGAAGUAGAACUUUGUGAUCCAUUCGACGAAAAUGUAAGAAAUCGAUUGCUAAGUAUGAAUGUUCAGGAAUGUCCAGCUGAUAGUUACAGUACUAGAGAAUUCCUGAGAAUUGAGUCAGGGGGACUUAGAAUAGAGGACGUUGUCAAUUCUGAUGACAGAACCAAGAACACUGUGAAAGACAUGAAUAGAGGAAACGCCACUUUGGAAGAAAUGAAUAAAAGGAACGCCGUACGAUCAAAACAAUUAAGUCAAGCAAGAAUCUAAUCAAUGAGUGAGGGUGGUGAAAAGAAGGGUAACAUACAGCAGGAGUGAACGGAAAAAGAAAAACCAACUCCAGCGUUAAUUCCUAAACUUGCUUAGGUGGUCAUGCAUAAUCCUGGUCAAGAAUAAUGGUUGAUACUCAGUUUUUGUGAUUUGAUAAUGCAACUGGCAAAUUAAUGUACUGGUAGCAUGCAAAUGAGAUUUUACAAUAUGCAUCCUAAAAUGAUUCGUAUCGAAUUAUUUGGUCACUGUUACAUAUUUUUCAGGGGUUAAGAAAUGAACAGUCUUUGGGACCAAUAUAUUAGCUUUCUUAUUUUAAAUUGUGAAGUUCAUGACUUCAAUGUUAGUAUAUACAAUACAUGAAUAAAGAAUUAUUUUAAUCA